AUGUCCGCGGCGCCGGAGGUCCCGACCACCCCGCCGCCGCCGCCGCCGCCGCGCGCCUCCCUCGCCGCGGCUUUAUCCUCCGCCUCGUCGUCGAACAGAUCCGCGUCGUCCGCGAACAUGUCCGGCGCGCCGUCGGAGGACUCCUCCUUCUUCUCCGGGCUCGGCACUCUCGGCGUCGGCGCGGGGACGGGCGCGGGGACAGGCGGCGCGGGGACAGGCGGCGCGGGGACAGGCGGCGCGGGCGCGGCCGGCGCGGGCGCGGUGGACGCCGCGUGCUUCCUCAUGAUCUCCUCGCGGCGUUUUCUUCGCUCCUCCGCGAGCCUCGCGACGCGCGUCUCCUCGUCCUCCUCCGCCGCCUCCAGCGCCGCGGCGACGCGCGCUUGGUACGCCGCCUCCUGCUCCAUCGUCAUCUUCUCCUCGACGAUGCCGGUCUCCGGCGGCGUCCCCUCCCGCGCGGGAGCGGGUUGGGCGGGUUCCCGCUCGCGCUCGCGCUCGCGGCCGCGACGAUCGCCGUCGCGGCGCCGAUCUCGAUCUCGGGGCCGUUCUAUACAAGCGAAAGUCGGGGUGGAGUUGAAAGGCGUCAGUUGGAGUUGA